CGGUCACCACUUCCUAGGGCCGGUACAGGAAGUGAAGCGGCGCGAGUGAAAUAAGGAAGUGAACGGGAGACGGAAUAGUUUACGGGGGGGCGGUAGGCACAGUCGGUGAGGGGACUGCUGCUGUGAGGUGAGAGAUACAGCUUGACUUCAUGAAGGAUGCAGACAAUAAAGUGUGUUGUUGUUGGUGAUGGAGCAGUUGGAAAAACUUGCCUUCUCAUCAGUUAUACCACUAAUGCCUUUCCCGAGGAAUAUAUCCCCACAGUGUUUGACAAUUACAGUGCCCAGAUGACUGUGGAUGGGAGAACAGUUAGCCUUAACCUAUGGGACACUGCUGGGCAGGAGGAAUAUGACCGUCUGCGCACUCUGUCCUACCCUCAGACCAAUGUGUUUAUUAUCUGCUUUUCUAUUGGUAGCCCGUCUUCUCAUGCUAACGUACGACACAAAUGGCAUCCAGAGGUUUCCCACCACUGUCCCAAUGUGCCUAUUCUUCUUGUGGGCACCAAAAAAGAUCUUCGUAAUGAUCCAGAAACCAUUAAAAAGCUAAAGGAGCAAAACCUUGCCCCCACCACACCCCAGCAGGGUUCAUCGCUUGCCAAACAGAUAGGGGCUGUGAAGUAUAUGGAGUGCUCUGCUCUACACCAAGAUAACGUCAGAGAAGUGUUUGCAGAAGCUGUGCGUGCAUUUUUAUAUCCUGUGACCAAGAAAACACCCAAGAAGUGUGUCCUAUUAUAGUGAUGAAUGAUUAAAAUGCUAAUAAAAUGUUUUUUUUUUUUAGCACAGGAGUUUGGGUGAUAUCCCUUUUUAUUCUCAGCUUGCACUAAUGGCUCAUAACUGACGUGGGUUGCAUGGAGUAGAAACAUGCCACAUAAAGCUUUUAAAGAUUGAACGUGCCAGCACAGUAACAUAAGAGACGGCUGUAGUUUAUCCAGAACACACUGGAUGUUAUGCACCUGGAUACAGAUCCCAGCGCUUACACACCAGAUUUACACCUCUGAAUUUUAUGUUUGCUGUUCUGAUUGCUACCCUGGCUUCACAGCUUGCUUUGGAAACCUUUUUUCUUUUCUUUCAGUUCUUAGUUUUUUCAUUACUAAAGCAAAGCUCUAAAGUGCAAUUUUGACUUUUCUUCCAUAACUAGAAUUUCCAAAAUGAAAUGCCUUGAACUUGGAUGGUGUGACUGAAUGGUAUUUGAACUCUGAAAAUCUCCCAUUUAUCUGCUUGCUGGAUUAGAUCUUCAGACUCCACUGAAUUCAAGGAAACAGCAUAGCAUCUUCUUUUGUGGAGGAAGCUUUUUGCUUUAAAGAAAAAAGAAAGUUCCACUUCUUUAAUAGAUCUUAAACAUUUUUUCCUUUUUUGUUGUAAAACUCAGGGUUAAUAAAUGGCUUAAGGUAGUGUCUUCUGUAAAGGGUUGGCUGAGUUACUCGGUAGGUGCACAGCCAUUGAUCUGCUGAUUAAACAGCAUUUUAAGAAAUAUAGCUCUGUGCUUUUUGUAUCACCUUCAGCGGGAUGUAAUCCAUAUAAAGUGCCUAUGUCGUCUUGGUCUUAAAACUGCACUCAAAAUCCUUUUAUAGCUUAAUAAUAAAUAGCAGAUUAAGUGGCUGUGAGAAUUUAUAUCUUUUACAGAAAUGGCAUAUUAUGAAUCCAUAUCUACAGUUUAGUUAAUGGUACUUUCUAACAAAACAUCUGCUGCCUUGUUUGCUACCAAAGAUCUAAAUUCACAAGAAACCCCCUCAAAGCCACUGACAUCCCUGCACUUUUCUCUGCAAUACAAACAUGGGGGUGACAGUUACUUAGUGAUGUUAAUAAUAAUAAUACAAAAAAAAGGCUUAUUUUUCUUAAAUAUAUUUUCCAGUCUCUAAAGAGAAACUGUAUAUUGUAUACAAGAUCAUUUAUAUCUUAGUUGUUUUUUAAAAUCAAGAAAUCUCUGAACUAUUUUCUCAGGCCAUGAUAAUACUGUGGAAAAUUACAUUCAGUGUGUUUAGUUUUUUUUGCCAAUUUUGAGCCAAUAGGCAUAUGACGUUUAUUUUUGGGAUUAUGAUUUAAUAUAACUCAUCUCUUGUAGAUAAAUUCAAUUAGCAUUUAUAUUUAAAUUUAUUUAAAGCACCCAAGAGCGAAUGGUACAAUGGACGCUGUAUAUGGCUGAAAUAGGGUUCAUUUAUAAUUUUUAGUAUUUUAUUAUCUUGCUUUAUAUUAUGUUGCAGAUAUUGAAUUGUGACUAUUCACUGUGCAGCCAUCUAUUUGAAAUAAUGUUUGAUGGGGCUUUCCGAAUUUUGGGAAAUGGGAACCAAAAAUACCACUUUUUAAUAUGAUUUGCAGGAGGAUUUAACAGUUGUAUACUUUAUUUUGUGGGUAACCUCUCUCUUUCCACUUUCAAACUUGGGUACAUGAUUUAUUUAUUUCCAUGGCUAGAAUAUACAUUCUAUCUGUUAAGAAAAAAAUAUCACAUUUAUUAUACUGACAGUUACUUGUUUAAUACAUAUCAUCCAAGAUUUUAAUAUUUGUGUAGAUAUUACACUGUUUUAAAUCAUUAAAGGGACACUAAACCCAAAGUAUUUCUUUAAUGAUUCAGAUCCAAUUUACUUCUAUCUAAUUUGCUUCAUUUUUUUAGAUAUCAUUUGGUGAGGAAAUAUCAAUGCACAUGGAUGAGCCAAUCACAUGAGGCAUAUAUGUGCAGUCACCAAUCAGAAGCUACUGAGCCUAUCUAGAUAUGAUUUUCAGCAAAGUAUAUCAAGAGAAUGAAGCAAAUUAGAUAGUAGAAGUAAAUUAGAAAGUUGUUUAAAAUUGCGCACUCUUUCUAAAUCAUAAAAGAAAAAAAAUUUGGGUUUCAUGUCCCUUUAAAGUGAAAGUCAACCAUAGCGUUUUUGAAACCCUAGGGUUGACUGUUGAAACAAAUAAAGGGGACUUUCAUUCAUGAAGUAUAAGAAACUUCAUGCAGAAAGUGCCUUUAUUCGUUUCAACAGUUCGCCAUUCUUAGCUGCUACAGCAGCCAACGGCCAAAAACAAUUUCUGCUAAGGUGACAUUUUCACCUCUUAGCCAAUGGCCAUGUGGUAAAUCCGGUUUGGCCCCCAUGGGAGCCGGAUUUACCACCCGGCUAUUUGCCAAGAGGUGAAAAAGUAAAAAAAAAUAUUUUGCCGUGGGCUGCCGUAGCAGCUAAGAACGGCGAUCGGUUUAAAUUAAUAAAGGCACUUUCUGCAGGAAGUAUCUUAUACUUCAUGGAUGAAAGUGCCCUUUAUUUGUUUCAACAGUCAACCCUAGCAUUUCAAAAACUCUAUGCUUGACUUUCACUUUGUUAAUUUAUUAAAGAAUAAUAAAAACAUUUUAAAAGGUGCUUUUAACAUCUUUACCUGUUAUUUUGGUUAUGUGGGAAGCAAUGCCAAAAAAAUACAGAGUCCCAUUUGCGUCUACUGAAUAACAUUUUGAGUCACUAACUCUGGAAUUAAUAUACAUUUAUUAUCCAAACCUAGUCCAUGUAGAGAAGUUUGCAUUAAAUGUAUUCUCAAACAUAUUUAUGUUCAAGUAAUGGACCCAUUUUAACAAGCAUUUAGGUAACUGACAUGUUAUAGAAAAUAAAUACUGGUUCUGAUUUUUUUUUUUUUAUGCAGAAUAUCUUUGUUUAAUAAAUACUGUAUUUAAAACAAUUUCUCCAUGUUAUAAAUUCACAUGCAAAGCUACGUGUGCUGUUGUAAUUUAGAAUGUGAUGAGCUUGUGCUUUGCUGUAUGUGUGAUGAUGAUGAAUGUCAUAAAUAAACAAACAUUUUACAUGUGUAAAAACAAA